UCGGUUUAUUUAUUGUCACUUUCCUUCAAUUUCCUCCCAAAACAUCCAUUUAUCUGAUCUCUUUAACCUUAUUUUCUUAUCCAAUCAGCUUUUAUUCUCACUGCCCAUUCUAACUCUUCGUGUUUAAGAACUUGGGUUGGUUUCAGAUCUUCGGAAUAUGAAGUAAAAAUGUCGGAUCAAAGUGAAAAAGUGAGUGAUUUAUCUCUCAUUACCUUAUUCGAUUCGUUCUUGUACUUCGUCUUCCCAUUUCUCUUAGCUGAUUCUCUGUUUUCUUGGGGUUUUUUUUUGCAGGGAUCAGUUUCUCAAGAUCGAAACAAGAAAUACCCAGAGUGUAUUUCACCAGAAGAAUCGCUAGAUCAAGCCAUUAGCAUUGAAACAAAGAAGAAUUGUGCCGAUUGCGGUACCUCUAAGACUCCCCUUUGGAGAGGAGGCCCAGCUGGCCCCAAGUCACUAUGCAAUGCGUGUGGAAUCAGAAGCAGGAAAAAGAGGAGAGCAAUUAUGGGAUUAAACAAAGGAGAAUACAAGAAAUCAAAGAAGGGAAACAAUAAAAAUUUUGGCGAUAAUUUGAAGCAAAGAUUGCUAUAUUUACGGAGAGAAGUUCUGAUGCAAAGAUCAAAGGUUGAGAAGCAAAGAAGAAAGUUAGGAGAGGAAGAACAAGCUGCAGUCCUUUUAAUGGCGCUAUCGUACGGCUCUGUUUAUGCUUAAUUUGUGGAAUAUAUAUUUUAGAACGAACAUAAUAGGCUCUGUGAUGGGUAUCUAACCGUUUUCAAGUGUAAUCUUUGGUUAAUUUGUAGUUCUUUUUAGUGUUGGCUAACUCUAUAUAUCUUUGGGUUUGAGGAAGGAAAGUGUAAGAAAAUGGAGGUUUUUAAUUCUGAUUUUCUUAAUCAAAUUGUAUUAGUAAUUUGA